UCACUGGAUUUAACGGAUGGAAGGAAGCAAUUUUACCUUCCCAAAUUAUAAUUGAAUUACGGAGGAAAUAUUUAUCGUCGUUUUGACCUCGAAGUAGUCAGUAUAUGAGGGUGAUAAAUUGGUGAAAAGUGAGUGAAUUAUUGGUUGACGUCGGGUUUGAGGAUCACUUUGACGGCCCGGAAAACCAGGGUAUCCCUGCCCAGGGUUCAGCAUUGGCGCGCUAUCGCACGGUAUGAAUCGAGGAGCUGGCUCCGCCAAUUUUAGAUAGCGGAGAUACUGUUUUUAUUUGUGCCCGGCUGGGCCGUGACAGCUGGGCAUUGGGGGUAUCUGUGGCAUGACUGGGAGGAGAUCAAAUCUUUAACUUUGGCCGUCGGGUUAGGCCUAGAUCUGUAGAUUGGCGCGCCCCAGAAGUGAAAGGCAAGUUUGCCGCCCAUGCACAAGCUCCAACAAUGGCGGCCAGCUCCUUGCAAAUCACACGGCGGGAGGACGGCAGCUACCUGUAUGAGUUCACCAGCCACAGCCAGCACAUCCUGCAGACGCUCAACGAGUGCCGGCAGUUCCCCCGGCUCUGCGACUGCACGGUGCUGGUGGAGACGCGCACCUUCCACACCCACAAGGCUGUGCUGAUCGCCUGCAGCGACUACUUCAAGAGCUACUUCACCACCGUGCCGCCUGAGACGGCCGGCCAGCCCAUCGUCCUGGACAACGUCAGCGCCCGCGGCUUCCACCUGCUCCUGGAGUUCGCCUACACGUCCCGUAUGUGCCUGACCAUGGCUGUCAUGGAGGACGUCCUCUCGGUGGCCGUCAACCUCAAGGCGGCAUCUGUCCUGGAGGCCUGCUGCGAGUUCCUUAAGUCCCAACUGACCGGGGAUAACUGUGUGGACAUCAUCUCCGUAGCCGAGACGUUUAACCUCACAGAGAUCAAACGGCAGGCCAACAGGCUCAUGUGUGAGCGACUCAUUGAACUGUCACAGACAUACAAGAAAGGCAGCGGACCACUGCUUCCCGAGAGUAAAGAGGAACUUGAAAAUCUCAUAAGUGCCAAUAAGGAUGCCCUGGCAGCCUUUGAUGUUAACCAGCAAGACCUUCACCAGCAGGAGAGCUGCGACAGUGAGAGUGACGACAAUGGUGGCGGUGACGAGACGGACAGCUCUUGCUCAGACACGCCCCCCAUGAUUGCCGACCGGCUCCGCCCCCGGGUGCAAACACAGCCGCCUAACCUGGACCCAGCCAGGGACCGGACGCUGAAGGUGGAGACAAAGGCCGCACUGAAGAGCCCUGUGCCGCGCUCCCUGCGACAGCUGCCGCCGCGUAGGCGGGGCCGGCCCCGGAAGAACGAGUCGGCGCCCCGCUCCACCCGGCUGCGCAAGAAGCUGCGGGGGGCCACCUUCAGCAUCACCAAGGCCCGUAAGGAGUACGUCUGCCGGUUCUGCACCCUCAAGUUCAGCAAGCUGCGGGACCUGCGGCAGCACUACAUUACGGAGCACAGCCAGUGUAGCCGGUGCACCAAAGUCUUCCGCACGGACUCGGAGCUCAACCGCCACCUGAUAUCCCACCAGAAGCGCGACACAGCCCGCGGUCCCCGCCGCUACGUCUGCACGUUCUGUGGCAAGAACUGCGGUUACUCGUCGGCCCUGAAAAUCCACGUCCGGACCCACACGGGUGAGAAGCCCUUCAAGUGUGACCUGUGCAGUGCCCGAUUCAUCCAAUCCAUCAACCUCAAGCGGCACGUGCUCACAAACCACCAGAAGGACACCCCUUACGAGUGCAAAUUCUGCAACAAGAAGUUCAGCGUGUUUGUGUACCUUAAAAGCCACGAGAUCACUCACAGCAGCGAGCGGCCGUUCCAGUGUGAGACUUGUGGCGCCAUGUUCAAGCGCAAGAGCGACCUUCGCAGCCACAACCGGGUGCACAGCACGGAUAAGCCCUUCACCUGCGAGAUCUGCCUGGCCAAAUUCAAGACCACCAACGAUCUCAAGACUCACUCGCUGAUCCACAACGACACCAAGCCGCACACCUGCGACAAGUGCGGUGCCAGCUUCAAGCGGACGGGCCACCUGAACCGACACAUGAUGAUCCACAGCAAUAACAAGCCCUACCAGUGCGAGACGUGCGGUGCCCAGUUCAACAGGAAGGAGAACCUGCGCAGUCACCAGCGUAUCCACAGUGGUGAGCAACCGUACAAGUGCAGCCUGUGUGGAGCUAGCUUCCGCCAUCUCAGCAGUAUGAAGAUACAUGAAAAGAAUCACUGGAGCCAGCGGACAGGUGCCCCAGAAAGUACCAUCAUGAGCCAACAUGACGGUGGCUCCUCGCUGCAGCACAUCGCCGCCCUGAUGGGCUUACAGGCUCUCUCCCUGCCAGCCGGCAGCAACAUGCCGGUCAGCCUGCAGGUUAGCACGGACGGCCAGCCAGCCGUAGCCCAGCUGGCCAUCCCGCCCGGCCACGCCUCGCCCAACCCCACCCCUCCCCUCCAGUCGCCCAGCCCCCACACCCCGAUGAGCCUGCACCCGCAGCCGCACCAGCAGCCACACCAACAGCCACAGCAGCCUUUGCAGCAACAACAGCAGCAGCAGCAGCCGCCCAACCCUGGCCUGCAGCAGCUGCCCCAGUCCACCCUGUCCAUGCACCCGCCGCCGACGUGCAUCGCCACGCUGACCUCACCAAUGCAGUCGCCCAUGCCCUUGCCCAACGCAACACGCUCCCCCAUGCCCCUGGGGUCCCACCCGCCCCCCUCCCCUCACAACCACAUGUCCACCCCGAUGUCGCCCGGGGUAAACCAUGCCCAGGCCAAUCAAGUCCACAGCUUGCAAGCAUACAUGAUGAAUACGGCCACCAUGCUGUGAAAACUCGCUUUCCACCCACUGUUGUUUGGUAACCCUUCCCCCGAAUUUGGUCCAUUCUGAAUUACCUCCAAAAAAAAGCAGGUCACCUCACUACUGUGUACCGUUUAAUCAGCGAUUAUUGUGCUGUGUAGACUAUGCAACAGAUUGUCAGGGCACCAGUCAAAAGGGAACAUGUGAGUUGGUCUGCAGUGACUAGCGGCAAUAGCAUACUCAGACUCCACUGUAUCUGACCAUUUUCUGAAAAGACUUCACGAGACUGCUGUGUGACAUUGGGAGGAGUGCACUGCAUGAUGGGCAGAUGGUGCCCUAGUGCCCUCUGAGGAAUGUAUCCAUUUUCAAGGCAAGAGGGCUGGUUUGUGUUGAGCCAAGAAGCCCCAUUCAUCUUUGGAAGGAGGCACUAUCUACAAAUAAAAUACCUCUCCUUUACAGGUACAUACACGUCUUGGGCAAGUUCUUAGAGGUAAUUAACCAAGUUUUUUUUUAAUUUACAUAUAUAUAUAUUUAUUGACUAUUUAGAAAUCUUUAUCUGGUUUAGCAUGGAAUGAAUAAGUUGAAACUCAUAAAAUGAGCAUUCCCAGACCCCAGGUUCAGUGGUUGGUCUGUCAGCAUGAUAAUCUUUUCAACGUGUGAAGGUUUCUUCUUUCAGCUUGCCUGACCCCACCCCCCCCUUAAAUAAGCAAAACACACAACUUAGUUGACACCAGGCCUGCGCAAGGUACCAGGGUAAGCCACUGCUUUAUUCUGGUUAUACCUAGUUGUGCGACUUGUCAGCUUGUUCCCGGUGUUGACGAAACUGGUCACGUGCACUCUUAACGAAGAACUUCCUCAUAUCCUGCAAUAUCCUGCAAUUUUCAGGAUUUUGACGCGAGGCUGUUGCAGCAACCACAGAUCAGACUGAGCUGAAUAAACGGCUGCUUGAAGUAACAGGGGAAAAAGUGUUAACACCAAGUGGUGGUUGCUACAUUAGACUGGUUUUUUUUCUUUUCUUGUUCCCUGUGUUUUUUUUCUUUUUCCCUGUGAAAUGGAGAGAGUGUUUCAAAAGCUAGUCGCAGUUACUUGCUGGGAAUUUUUUUUCAAACCAAGGUUAACAAGGAUUGAAGUGGCCUGGAUUUAGAAAUGUAAAUUUUACUGCGUUGAACCCCUUUACAUCCAGUGGGAAAAUGUUCCUUCACAACAAUUCCGCCGUCCACCCCAUUCACCUUUUAGUAACUUGGUUCAUACAUGUAUAUCCGAAAUGAUCUCCCAGGUCGGUAAUGGAGGUACAUGUAUUUGAUUUGUGAUGUGUGCUUGUGACCUCUUUAAUUAUGUACAAGGUAUUCAAAGCAGCUCGUUUUUGCUUAAUACAAUUUGGUAUUUUUACUACUGCUUCCCUGGUCCAAAAAGAAACACAAAAAGGUUUGAACUCAUUCAUUUCCCAUACAGGUGCUCAUUAGAUGCAAAUUUUGGUUUUGUUUUCAAAAUAUGCUAAUUCUCUUCACGUGUAGGUUGUACAUUAAUAUGUAUGACUGUGUUUGCCGACACUGUGGCUCUUGUGAACAAAUGUUGCUUUUAGUGUGAGAGAAAUUGAACCAUGUGUGAAAAAAAUAAAACGGAAGCUUGAAAAAUUUUUGAGGCGAACAGGGUUUGAGCAGCUUCGUAAGUGCACAUAACCUCAGACACCAGACCAGAAGAGACUUGUUCUAAGUUCAAUGCACGCUUUUGCCCUAGAAUUACUUCAUUUCAGAAGACACAGCAAGGGUGAAAUUUAUACACAGUGCUUAGCCAGCUAUACGAAAGAGCAUGUACAGCUAAAAGACCUUACAGACAGUAUACGCAAGAAAUGAGCUCUAGGCAAACAGUGAACUAAACUUUUAAAAGGAAAAGUAAGUCAAUAACUUGGGUAGUGAUAGGCAAACGUGAAACCAGUCAGGUUUUGAUCAGAUGAAACUCCAUGCGCCAAAGGUGCGUGUCGGAAAUUCAGAGACAAGAUCAGUAGACUCCUCGUCUGGGCUCCAGAAUGAAAAUGCAAGCAUGAUUGUUAAUGUUUUUAAAAUAAUGUAAAUUAUUAAAGCAAUAAUUAAACUUGUACAUAAACAACUCAUUUCACGUUGUAUUUUAUGUAUGGAUAUGUAAAAAAAAAAUCUAUAUAGUUUCACAUUUAUUUAUUAACACAAUACCAGACCGGAUUUUCCAUUUUUAAAAAAGAGGAUUGUUUAAACGCGAAUGACUUGUGAUAAAUUAAAUGUGUUGCACCCACCAGCCUUAAUAUAAGUAUGGAUCCAAUUGCAUGCAACUUAAUUCUUAAUGGUUUGUAUAUAGAAAAACUAGCAGUGUUAUAUAUACCAUGUAAGUAGCAGUGUGAAACUUUUGUGAAGCCCGAAGCGAAGUCGGCCUAUUUGGCUUUGUCUGAAAAGGCCGUUUAUGGCUGUGGCUCCCAAGUUUACUGGUGAUAACACCAUGUCCAUAGCUAUAGUCACAAACUCCUGUCAUAGAGUAGCCUAGACACAGUCUUAGUUUCUUUGGCCUGUGCCCACUUGACAGCAGAACAGGGUUCUCAGUGCGAGUAUGAAUGCCAGAUUGUGGCUCAGCUUGGAACAUUUUUCGAUUGAGUUGUGUUUCCUUCAGGAUAGAAUGCACUUCCCUUCCUACUUGUUUACAUUAGGCGCUGUUGGUCUAUCAAUCUGCAUGAUUGCUCAAUCUUAUUACAUUAUUUGCCGAGAAUUGUGCCAUCCGCCAAUCGCCUUUCCUGUCUAUUUCACUGGCAGAAGAUACUUUCAGAAAAAGGGAAGUACAGUAAAGUCAGAGAUUUCACAGAAAAGUGACUGUGCUGAUCGACCAAUAGUGACUAACAGCUACACAAAAUGUCCACUCUUUGAAUGUCCAUCAUCAUUAGUAUUGUCAUCAAAUGUGUACGCAAACAAUGAGCCAAAAUCUGUUACCAUUAAUAUCUGCAGAGCAUUCUGCAACACUAAUGCUGCAUUCAAAAUCAAUCAAAUUACGUCCAAAUAAAGUAUUCGCAGCUCACCUUGGUGGUGUGCUUUUUAAAAGCAGAGGGCAAAACGGUGCUUCAGUGUCCACUGUAAACAGCUAGUGCGUUUAGAGCUUUGCAGAGCACCCAAAAUGUUCUAGAUGGCAGAUUACCUGCCAAGAAAUGACUGCGGAGUCUGUUGCAGUUGGGUUGGUUCCCAGGUUGGAUCAAAGGCUCUCAUUAAAUGGACCCAGAGUCCUUGGCAUUGAAGAACAACAGUGAAAUGGAACCAUCCAAAAGUCCAAAUGGAACCCAUGCCUUUGCCCGAUUUGAUCGGUAACCUGUCACGUUUAACUACACAUUUUUAUUUGCUCACCGGCUUAUACUGUCUCAAGCUAGGAAUGGCUAAGUACAGUGUGUAGUACAAAAAAUGUCUGACAAAGUGGUAUAUUUUAAGUUUGGAUUUUUUUUUUUACGUUUAGAGAAAAAUUACAACUGUUUAAAUAACAGGGUCAGUAUCUGCUUUAUCAUGAUGCACACCUAUCUGCUGGAACGUUGUAUUACAUCUGCUUUUCUUAUUAAGCCUGAGGUCUAGUCGGAUUCUGUUUCAGUACAUGCUUCAGUAAAUUCUUAUUGAUUGUCAGAUUCAGACUGUCAGCACCUUGUGGUGAAUACGACUUCAUUCCCCAAAGUCAUCGGGACAAGCCAUCCUGUCACAAGCUAUUAGACUUUCACGACACAUCGCCCUCUUAUUUCAGUACUUGUGAUCUGACCCGACUGUACUUGACUUGCACAGUGGAGGUAGACUUUUAUAUUUCAAACAGCAGAGAGUGAAAUAACACUCGGACAGUGGACAUCUUCUGAUCACUUGCUGCUAUUUGUCCGACCGAAAGUGAAUGGGCUUGGACAAAAAGUGCUCAAACAAGCAGUGGCAUGUGUGCAUCUGAAAUAAAAGCAAAGGACAGAUCAAAAGCUGAUAGUGGCAGACCAAACUUGACCGUGCUUUGACGCUUUGUCCGAUCACUUGUUUGCUCUAAUUUCAUACCCCGCAUGGGAUGGGCUCAGACUUGGACUAAACACAUGCCAAUGGCUUUGUCUUUUUUUCCGUUAACAGGUGUGUUACUCCCCAGCCCCCCCCCUGCAGUCUGCCUUUCUUUUAUACAUAGUCCAUGACAGCAUUUUACAUACACCGACACCAGAGGCUUUGCAGGUCACAUUAAAACCCCUCAUGGGCAUUUACCAUCAGGAAAGCAAAUGCAUCUCGGCCUCAGAAACUGGCCACUCUGGUAACAUUUGGCGCAAGAAACGUGCGUAACAGAAGUUUUUUCUCCACAAAGACGACAGAAGGUAGAUACAAAUUGGUGGCAACACAGGGAACCUGCACUGAAACUUCUAUGCAACGGGCCCUCCUUUGGAGUGACGUAAUUUCAGUUCUAGUGCAACACGCUCUGGGUGGAUGUCUGGAAGAGAAGUGUAGAAUUAUGCAGGCACGAUGGAGGAAAGAUUUCCAUUACUGUCUGGGCUUUGUCUUCAUGAAAUAUUGUCACUGAGUUGAGACAGUGAUUUGGAAAAAAAAAAUCCACAUACAUACAGACCGAUCUGGCUGUGGAAGACCUGACUUGAACUAGAGGCUAAGGCUGGGCACCCCUCUUUCAAGCUACUAAUAACUGUUUUAAGAGGGUAUAACAAGAAUAUAUGUGUACAUGUAAAGCAACAUAUUAAUGCACGAACAAUGGAACUAUCCAUGCAUGAGAAACCUUAUGUACUGCCCAUGACAAAAAUGUAUUCUUCCAUAAUGAAAACCAAUAAAAUUCAUGUCAUUCUUCACA